AUGUCCGAAGCCUGCAAAAAUAACACUCACGACACGACCCAGAAUCAGCCGGAACCCAAACACUCCGCCGGCGAACAAUUCCCACCAGACCCUUUGUUGGGACCCGGCGAAUUCAUCGACGUUGACACUGGUAAUCGCGCUGACCAAAACGGCGUUGUAGACCACACAGAGCCCAACCGAGUGAAGCCACCCGAUUCUUCAGAGCCCACCACGACGACGACGGCCACCACUCCUCAACGGCGGCGAAGAGCGCGGGAGGAUGUGGCUGCAAUGGCAGAGAGACCCGCCUGGUUACCGGAUGAUUGGAAGAUUGAUAUGAGGAUUAGGUCUUCUGGAGCCACCGCUGGAUUAAUUGAUAGGCUCAAAAGGUAG